AUGUCGGAUGCCUCAAAUCAGCAAAUACCAGGUUUGAAACUGAAGAAAGUGUUUAAAAUUAUAGUGUUAGGUGAUUCAGGUGUUGGCAAAACGUGUCUAACUUAUCGGUUUUGCGAAGGACAAUUUUUAGAUAAAUCUGAGGCCACGAUCGGUGUUGAUUUCAGAGAAAGAAAUAUAAAAAUUGGCGGGGAAGAUAUAAAGCUCCAGCUAUGGGAUACGGCAGGACAGGAGCGGUUCCGCAAGUCCAUGGUGCAGCAUUACUACAGGAAUGUACACGCUGUAGUCAUUGUUUAUGAUGUCACCAAACCUGAGACAUUUCAUUCAAUAGCAAGUUGGAUGCAAGAGGUUGAGUCCCACGGUCUAAUGCGUGCUCCGAGAGUACUGGUGGGCAACAAGUGUGACUGUGGCACGCCAGAGUCCCGACUAGCCACUACAUACGCACAACGACUCGCCGACAAGUAUGGAAUGCCUUUAUUUGAAACGUCAGCGCUACUGGACUCGGAGUGUGACAAUGUGGAGUCCAUAUUUAUGACGCUGGCACACAAACUAUACUCCAAGCAGCCGCUGAGAGUUGUCAGUGUUGAGGGAGAACACGGUCCAGGCGUAGUAAAUCUACAAAGGCAGAAGCGAGCGACGAGUUCCAACGACGGUUGUCUAUGCAGCUAG